ACAAGUCGGCCGUGCCCGAUAAGGAUUUGCUUUUUCUUCGACCUUGAAUAGUCAAAAUCCUGCGCGCACCACUCUAGGGAACCUCCCUGCCCGACCACCGCUCGCCGCAUCAGUCCGGAGGAACUGCUCCCCUUCAAUUCAUUCUUCCGCCGCUGCAGUGUAUGCCAAGAUGCAAGGUGGGGAGAAGGAGGAGAGGGUGACCAUGGAGGUCACUGACGAGAUGAUCAAGACCAUGGAGGUCGGUUUGGCCUUCCGGGACUAUAAUGGCAGAAUUAGUUCUAUGGAUUUUCACAGCAAGGCUACAAACUAUUUUGUGACAGCCAGUGAUGAUGAAUCAAUACGCCUAUAUGACAUUCAAAAUGCCGUAUGUUUGAAGACCAUUAAUAGCAAAAAAUAUGGGGUUGAAUUGGUGUGCUUCACUACGAACCCAAGUCUUGUCCUGUAUUCCUCGAAGAAUGGCUGGGAUGAAUCUCUGCGGCUGCUCUCUCUGAAUGAUAACCGGUUUGUAAGAUAUUUCAAAGGCCAUCUUGACAGGGUUGUUGCUAUGUCGUUAUGCUAUGAGAAAGAUAGUUUUCUUUCUGCUUCACUUGACCGAACUGUUCUCCUUUGGGAUCUGAGGGCCGACAAAGCACAGGGCUUACUGCGUGUGCAAGGGAGGCCUGCAGUUUCAUAUGAUGAUCAGGGUUUAGUUUUUGCAGUUGCGUACGGUGGUUUCAUAAGGAUGUUUGAUGCUCGAAAAUUCGAGAAGGGGCCUUUUGAUAUUAUCUCUGUUGGUAAUGAUGAUUCUGAAGCCAAUGUCAUAAAGUUCAGCAGUGAUGGACGGCGGCUACUUUUGACCACCAAAGCAGGGCAUAUUCAUGUGCUAGAUUCAUUUCAUGGAAACCAUAUAGCAACUUUCAAAGUAAAACCAGCUGUCACCAAUUCAACAUUGGAGGCAUCAUUCAGCCCUGAUGGAAACCAUGUCAUAUCUGGCUCCGGUGAUGGUAGUGUUUAUGCUUGGAGUGUUAGAAGUGGAAAGAAAGUAGCACGCUGGGGAAGCACAGAUAACGAGCCACCAUUGGUUAGGUGGGCUCCAGGAUCAUUGAUGUUCUUGACUGGAUCUUCAGAACUAUCCUGCUGGGUCCCAGACCUAUCCAAGCUGGGAUCGUUUACCGUUACGAAGUAAAUUCGAACGAUAUGUGAUUGAUUAGCUCAUUACCAUUGUAAGUCUGCAAACUUUACUUCUAGCCACCUGCAUUAAAGUAAUUUGAUCUGUGCCACUCCCAGCCUCUGAACCUAAGAGAUGACAUUGAGAAGAAGCUCUCUGCACAAAUGCCAUAGCAAACUGCAGAUACAGUCCCAGAAAUGCUGUAUUAGCAGCAUAUUGGUUUAAGUGUCUGGGUGUGUAUGUCAUUUGUCCAACCUGUUCUUUAUAGUGGCAUCUGCCAGUUAAGGCUAGCUGAGAGUGGUAUAAAUCUAAGCAACCCCAACCCUUGAUUUUCCUAUGUUAAGCAGAACUCUCUGUUUUCUGUAGAUUCUGGCAUAUGAGUGAUCGGUGCAGCUUUGUCAAGUAAACAUAUCUAGGUAGCAAUGGUGUUCAGACUUUCUACUUGACACUCAGCUCUGAAUAUGAGGAACAAUAGGCAAUAGUGUUGUAUGUGUAGAUGUUCACCUUUUAUCUUGAUGUAUCAUUGUGUUUAUUAUGACACAGUUUGCCUUCAUACAGUGUAUAAUUGUAAAGUAAGUUCUUCAUUGCGCACAGGUGGGAUGCUUACUUGAAACUCUCGCACUGCGUGAAGAGGUUUUAACGAUUACCAUGUUUUAGUGUUGUUACAUCAUGUAGGGCUGCAUGAUGUCAGUAGCUGAUAUUAUUAUUUGGGUGAGUAAAUGUGCAAAAUGUUUAUUGUAGCGGCAUACUAUUGCACCAAUUCACCUUUGUAACGAGGUGAACUUGUGACAUUUAUGUUUGAAGAAUGCCUUCAUAGUUAGGGCACCUGGUUACCAAGUAUGUGUUUGUGAUGUCUUGAUAAUAAUACACGUGGCUUGUAAGUUAGUGAUAUAUCACGGACACUUGGGGCUACUGGGGACAUGUAUAUGGAUGGAGAUGUAUUUGGGCUGGAUGGCCCAUCAAGGAUGGAACAAUUUGUUGA